GUGUGGGAAACAUGAGAGCCAGACCAAAGCUCAGAGAAAAAAACACAGAAUCAAACGCAAACCUGAAACUGGAUCCAGCUGUGAGUCUGCCAAAAGUGAGAUGUCAACAAAUGACGAUGUUAAAAGACAGUGCACCUCUGAAUCUAAGAUCACUCAGAGUCCAGGAUUUCCUGAACCUGAACCCAGCUGUGUGUCCUUGAAGAGCAACCAGUCAAAGGGCAUUGGAGAAACCUUUAAAGCGGAACUUUCUGAGAUAGAGAGGAUCCCUCGGAGAAAAGACUUUCCUGGACCUGAACUCAGCUGCGUGUCCUUAAAGAGCAACCAGUCCAAGGGCAUUGGAGAAACUUUUAAAGCACGGCCUUCUGCUGUAAAGAGAGUGGACAAGGGGACCUCUGAGUCUCAAAGUGGUCAGUCUGUGCAGCAGCAUCAAAUGCAUAUGGACACCAUAUUUAUGGAGCUGGAGGGUAACGUCAUCACUUUUGUGAAGAAUGAGUUGAAGAAGAUCCAGAAGGUUCUCAGUCCGGAUUAUCGCGAAUGCUUGAAGAGGCAAAAGGAGGAUGAGGAGGUGUUGGAAGGUAGGGAUGAAGAGAAGAGGAGGAGCAGCAAAGAGGCUUUUCUGAAAAUCAUACUGGACUUCCUGAGGAAAAUGGACCAGGAGGAGCUGGCUGACCGUCUGCAGAGUAGAACACAUGGUGUUGUUUGCCACGAUCUUAAAUCUACCCUGAAGAAGAAGUUCCAGUGUGUGUUUGAGGGGAUCGCUAAAGCAGGAAACCCAACCCUUCUGAAUCAGAUCUACACAGAGCUCUACAUCACGAAGGGAGGGACUGCAGAGGUCAAUGAUGAACAUGAGAUCAGACAGAUUGAAACAACAUCCAGGAAACCAGACAGACCAGAAACAACAAUCAGACAAGAAGACAUCUUUAAAGCCUCACUUGGAAGAGAUGAACCAAUUAGAACAGUGCUGAUAAAGGGAGUGGCUGGCAUUGGGAAAACUGUCCUAACACAAAAGUUAAUUCUGGACUGGGCUGAAGACAAAGCCAAUGAGGACAUUCAGUUUAUAUUUCCAUUCAGUUUCAGAGAGCUGAAUGUUCUGAAAAAGGAAAAGUUCAGCCUGGUGGAACUUAUUCAUCACUUCUUUACUGAAACCAAAGAAGCAGGAAUCUCCAGCUUUGAAGAGUUUAAAGUUCUGUUCAUCUUUGAUGGUCUGGAUGAGUGUCGACUUCCUCUGGACUUCCGCAGAACUAAAGUCCUAACUGAUCCUAGAAAGUCCACCUCAGUGGAUGUGCUGUUAAUAAACCUUAUCAGGGGUAAACUACUUCCCUCUGCUCACCUCUGGAUAACCACACGACCUGCAGCAGCCAGUCAGAUCCCUCCUAAAUAUGUAGAUAUGGUGACAGAGGUCAGAGGUUUCACUAGAUCACAGAAGGACGAGUACUUUAGGAAGAGAUUCAGAGAUGAGGAACAGGCCUGCAGGAUCAUCUCCCACAUCAAGACAUCACGAAGCCUCCACAUCAUGUGCCACAUCCCAGUCUUCUGCUGGAUCACUGCUACAGUUCUGGAGGAUAUGCUGAAAACCAGAGAGGAAGGGGAACUGCCUGAGACCCUGACUGAGAUGUACAUCCACUUUCUGGUGGUUCAGGCCAAAGUGAAGAAGGUCAAGUACGAUGAUGGAGUUGAGACAGAUCCACACUGGAGUUUGGAAAAUACAAAGAUUAUUGAGUCUCUGGGAAAACUGGCUUUUGAUCAGCUGCAGAAGGGAAACCUGAUCUUCUAUGAAUCAGACCUGACAGAGUGUGGCAUCAAUAUCAGAGCAGCCUCAGUGUACUCAGGAGUGUUCACACAGAUCUUUAUAGAGGAGAGAGGACUGUACCAGGACAGGGUGUUCUGCUUUGUCCAUCUUAGCAUUCAAGAGUUUCUGGCUGCUCUUCAUGUCCAUCUGACUUUCAUUAACUCUGGAGUCAAUCUGCUGGAAGAACAACAAACAGGUACACACCUUUACCAGAGUGCUGUGGACAAGGCCUUACAAAGUCCAAAUGGACAUCUGGACUUGUUCCUUCGUUUCCUUCUUGGUCUGUCACUGGAGACCAAUCAGAGUCUCCUACGAGGUCUGUUAAACCAAACAGGAAGUAGCUCACAGACCAAUCAGGAAACCAUCCAGUACAUCAAGAAGAAGAUCAAUGAGAAUCUAUCUGCAGAGAAAAACAUCAACCUGCUCCAUUGUCUGAAUGAACUGAAUGAUCGUUCUCUAGUAAAAGAGAUCCAACAGUACUUGAGAUCAGGACGUCUCUUCACAGAUAAACUGUCUCCUGCUCAGUGGUCAGCUCUGGUCUUCAUCUUGCUGUCAGCAGAAGAAGAUCUAGAUGUGUUUGAUCUGAAGAAGUACUGUGUUUCAGAAGAGGCUCUACUGAGACUGCUGCCAGUGGUCAAAGCCUCCAAGAAAGCUCUGUAA